CAGAACCAAGGAGGCGACGCGCAAGUUGAAUACGAGGAACAAGCGCCUGUGUUUCGAACUACAUCUCAUGCCAACAUAGGGACGAGGCGUGGACUUCAGGGCUGGCCUCCCUUUGCAAAAUCAUCUGCGUCCCUCUCUUCGAGGUUCGUGGCCUUUAUCCCUCGAAUACUGGACCCCAGUGCCCCACGUUUCUCUCUCAGCUCCCACCUGGAUAUUGACAUUGGGGACACCUCGAAAUGUCUGCCACAGUGGCCUCGCUGCACUCGGAGGGCAUCAAAAAGCCUGUAGCGGACUCAUUUUCAAUGAAACAGGCAGCUUUCGAAAGACUGCCCGAUGAGAUCAUUCAACAAAUAUUACGCCUUACGAACCCGAAUUCCUUUGCUUCCCUAAUUAUUCUUAAUAGAAGGUGGCGGACGGUAUCCCAACAAACCUAUCUAUAUGCCCAUCAUCUAUCUCGAUGUCCGUCAUAUGCAGCUGCUCAUCCCACAAGUGUUAUAUCGGAGGAUGACGAAAAUCUACCACGAUUGCGUCGGUUAUUUGCACGAGAGAUAAAACGAAAUCUAUUCGAAGCCUAUCUCCGUCCCCGAGAGACUGUUAUCAGUCUAGUCUCAAACUCGAUCAGUUCUUCGUCCGCCCCCGGUGGGGAAGCAUUCCACUUUAGUCUAUCACCAAAGGGCCACUACGUUUUGGCCUAUAGUUCUUCUCGAAUACAUAUCAUAGAUGUUACGGGGCCUGAAGUGGAAGUUAAAAGGGAACUGAAGAUAUUACGACGACCAGCUUCUACUACAAUCACUGAUGAUGGAUCCUUGCUUGCAGUACUUUCGACCGAUCUUCAAGUCGAUUUAUAUGAUUUGACUGGGGAACAUCCUAAACAUACUCGAGCGGUAGCAUUGGAUUACACUCCUCGAACGAUUGCAUUAUCACCCACGGGUUCGGUCUUGGCUGCUGCAUAUGAUUCUGGAGUGGAAGUGUCAUCGCUUGACCCUAGUGGUCUAAGUACGGACAGGAGGGCCGUCAAGUGCUAUGCCGUGGAUUCCUUGUCUUUUUCGGCGGAUGGAACGCAACUAAUUGGUACCACCAUACAGUCACGGAACCCCAGCACAGUUGUCCUUACUGCACCAUACUAUGACCCUGGUGGAAGCUCCCCCGAGGAGAGUGUAAGCGCCUUGUGGACAACAUCCAUUCUGUUCCCAAAUGGAAGCCGAGAUUGCAGUCAUGCAGUGCUCCUGCCAAGCACAUCGGAAGGGGAGACAAGUUGGACCUUCACGUACGACCGGGUCUUCGAGACCUUCCGCGCUGUGAGGAUAGAAGACUUAAGAAAUGGGACGACUUACUUUACUGGUCCUAUCGCCGAUUCGGCUUCCGUGACCAAGCUGUUGCCAAGCACGCUUCCUGCCGCCGCUGAGUCGGGGGACCUUGUGGCUUCUGGGUUUCAAGGCGCCAUUUGGCUAUAUGGUGUUCCAGAAGACCUCGAGGCCCUUCCAAUCAUCAGGGAUGAUGACAGCAGCAACACAGAGAGUGGAUUGAGUACGCCUUCGAGUCAACUAGGACGACGAAACAGCGCUCCAUCGUUGAGAUCUGCCAACCGACAUCGUGAAAGCACCAUCAACAGGACGCCACAAUGGCAGCUUCUGUGUGAUAGGCUCCGCAACAGUUUUGUCGAAGGCCGUAUGAUUGGGUCUCUGGACCGUGUGAGUGCCAUGAAAUGGGUGGAUGUCCCCUCGCGUUCAUCUAAUGCCGAAAGACUCGUUGCCGUUGCCCCUGGUGUUGGAGGACAGUCCCCAAUAAGUGAGGAUGACAGCAUGAAUCCGGUGGAUGGGGGUCGUAUAUCCAUAAUGGAUUUUGGCUAUUCUCCAAACAAUGGCAAGAAGACUAUUCUUACCAUUGAGGUUGGAAUGAAUGAGCCCGAAGUCCUCGAAGAGGAGCACAGAGAUUUGGAUACUGAGGUUGCAAUCGUUCGAAGGAGGACCGUUGCUCAGCGGCGAGGUAACCGUAGCCACGUUUCCCGAUCGGCGACGACUACAAUUCCUCGACCUCCUCGCUCAGAUGCUCCUCCUCCAAUGCCAACAAUACGGAGCGUGGGAGAUCCAUUUACCCCACGCAGCCCACCCGUUAGGAGGCCUAGCCAGCAAACAACCACAACCGAGCAGUCGGAUACUGCUUCUGUCUAUGAUGACCAAGAAGCGUUCGACGCACCGUAUUCUCAAGCAGCCCCGCGCAGUGGCACGACACUGCGUCGGGCUGCUACUGCUGCUGCCGUCAAUCGAAGAUUCCAUCCUCGCGUUCCGGAACAUAUUGAGUAUCGCCGUGCUGAUGGACGAAAUGAACAUCCUCACGAAAGUGAUGCGGAUAAUUGGGUGCCUCCGCCUCCCCCUUAUUCUCGUGAUCCAGUUCCACCGCUCCCCGAGCACAUUCAAAGGAGUCUUCUAGCAGAGGCAGCAGCAGCAACAUUACAGCGAUCGAAUACUCACCGGGCACCUAGCCUAGACUUCCCUGGUCUGGACUCCCCGACCAGUCUCCACCGCUCUCGCACAAUUGCAACGAUUUCAUCAACACGUUCCGGUGAUUCUCGUCGUCGAGAGCAAUACUCAUUUCAGCGGAGAGCGAGCGAUUCUACCAAUGUUGUCCCAGAGCGUUUGUCUUUUGAGGAUGAGCCACGACCGGUGACGAGCCCAACCUCCCCCGACGAGUUUGAUGACUUGUACGACGUAUCUCCACCGGGAACCCCGCAGCCUACCCCUCAAUUGCCCGUACCAGCCGGUCCAGUCAAUCAAAUUCCGAGAAGGCCUGUUGGUGCUUCGGCUAGUAGCAGUAAGUAUUUUCUCCUCAUCCGUUUCGAUAUGCAUAUCUUCCGCGAGUUUCGAGCCGUGUCUUUUCACAUCUAGAAAAUACCGUCUUUUCAAAUUUCCUCGCGAAGCAGCACUGACUUCAGCACUUUCUAGGU